UUCUUAGAAAUAUUAGUUAAUAGUCUUUCUAUACAUGGAAUUUUUUUACAUUUUUAUUUGAAUAGCAAAAAUAAAUUUGUUUAUUAGUAUGGCAACAUUAUUAUGCAGUCAGUUGUCAUAUUUGUGGAAUGGAAUGUGACAGUUUGCGACUGGUAGUGUAGUGUACAUAGAAGUUGUAUUAAAAUAGGAAAUUAGUGUUAUUAUUCGUAUUAAAUCAGGAAAAAAGUAUGUCACUCAGAUCCUAUCUCUGCUAACGUCCGAUCCUCACUCAGUUUCCCUCCAACCAUGUUGAACGUGCACAAAUUAUGGCUUGUGUCAUGCCUCUGUGUUAUUGCUAUCGUAAUUUUAUAUUUCCAGACAGAAAUAGCCCGUUUAGAAGACAGUUAUCGCCGUCUGGAAUACAAGAUCUCGCAGUCGCACGUAGAUUCGCGUCAGUUUUUUCCGAAAACUGUGCCGAAUGACGGUGAAGACUUGGUAGUUAUAUACAAUAGGGUACCGAAGACAGGUUCGACGAGUUUCGUGGGUGUAGCUUAUGAUUUGUGCAAGAAGAACCAUUUCAAAGUGUUGCAUAUAAACAUAACAGCUAACAUGCAUGUGAUGUCUUUGAACAACCAGUACAAGUUUGCGCAGAACGUUACAAAAUGGCAGGAGGUCAAGCCAGCUCUGUACCACGGGCACAUGGCGUUUCUCAACUUUGAGAGGUUAGGGACCACAUCAAGGCCAGUGUACAUAAAUCUCAUAAGGAGGCCGCUGGACAGGCUGGUCUCCUACUACUACUUCUUGCGGAACGGGGACAACUUUAGACCACAUCUGGUUAGGAAGAAACACGGAGAUAAGAUGACGUUUGACGAGUGUGUAGAGCGCGGCCAGCCGGAUUGCGACCCUAAUAAUAUGUGGCUGCAGGUGCCAUUUUUCUGUGGUCACGCCGCGCAGUGCUGGAAACCGGGCAACCGCUGGGCUCUAGAGCAAGCGAAACACAAUCUAAUGAACCACUACCUCUUAGUAGGUGUCACCGAAGAAAUGCUCGACUUCAUAACAGUACUCGAAGCCACCCUACCUCGCCUCUUCAAAGGCGCCACCGAACACUUCCUUAACAGCAACAAAUCACAUCUAAGACAAACAAGUUCAAAAAUAGAACCAACAAAAAAAACCAUAGAUACAAUACAAAAGUCUAUGAUCUGGAAAAUGGAGAACGAACUCUACGAAUUCGCGAUCGAACAUUUCAAAUUUGCGAAAAGAAAAAUUCUGCUGCGUGAAACGAAUAGCGUCGACCAGAUUUAUUUCUACGAGAAAAUUCGGCCGAAAUGAACCUCUAAUAGUAAGGUGUUAUAGUUCAAUUUCUCUUGCAGUCUUCUGACAAAUUUAUAUUUGCUGAUGGCGGCGGUGUUUAAAAGACCGUUGCAGUGAAGAUAGUAUGAGAUGGUGAUGCUUCGGGAUUUUUACGGCCGCAAAGGUAAUUUUGUAAUGCUUUAAUUAGUACAUACCACGUUUAUAAGAUACUUAUGGAGAAAUCUCUAUCCAUUCUAAUUAAGUAUGUACUUAAUCAUAGUCUGUAUAAUUGUCUCGAGGAAAAUACUUAGCCUUCGUUAGUACUUAGUGGCUUUAUUUUGCUUAAUUUCGUCUUAAAAGUGAAAAAGUAUAUUACCUGCUUUAAUAUAUGUCAGUUACAAAUAUAUUGCCCUACUAAUAAAGUAGUCCAAAUAAUUGUAGUCACAAUUAUGAAACAUACAGUACCAUCUAUUUCAGCUUUGCGGGGACAUUAUUUCGCAAUACUUUUCGUCUCAGUUCCUUUUGUCCAUGAUAUCAUAGAUAAACUAUGAAAUUGAAGUCGGUUUAUAAAAAUAAGUAAGUAUAUAGUGCUCACUCCAUACAUCAGUUUUCUCAACAAAACGCUUAUUAUUUUCGUAGUCGACAUCUAGCGGCAAGUAGUAGUAGUAAUCACUUUAUUGCACAAAACAAGUACAUAACUGAGAGAAUACAGUAAAUGUGUACAAAGGCGAACUUAUCCCCUUAAGCGAUCACUUCCAGCUAAUCUUUAACCUUUUGAACGCCAGGCCUAUCGCACGCGGCGCGUAAUCGUGAACCUUGUCGGUACGCAUGAAGGUUAAUAUUGGGCUGUAGCCGCGCACGUCAUAUGACGUCUUUAGCGGUCAAAAGGUUAAUCAACUGAGAGAAAUACAUACGAAUCUAAUAUUACAAGCAGGAGUUGAAAAUAGAGUUCCGGUUAAUAUUAUUAGCUGAUAAUUGUUGAGCAUUAGAAUUUUCAUUCGUCGCGACAUCUAUUGUCAAGUAAUAGUACUGAUAAUUCCGCUACUUGACGCUAGAUGUCGACUGCGAAAUAAUAAGCGUUUUGGUAUGAAAACUGAUGUAUGGAGUACCACUUUAUGAUUACUUAUUUCUCUAUGAUGAUAUCAAGUACAGUCUAUAAGCGCUCUCUUUGUAGCAAAAAUAUUUAGUGAGGGUGACAUUUUUGUAUGGGGCUAAAAGGGCAGUCAUUGACAUGUAUAACCCAUUUCAUUUACCAUGGCGGGAUUCCACUUGAGUUGCACAAAGAGAACCAUAAUGUUGAUCUAUUGUUUUACGAGCUCUCCAAAGCCAGCAUGUGGUCAAAUAAUAACACGAAAGGAUCAAGAGUGGUCAGUUACAUAACGUCGACGCAUACAAAAUUUUCCGGGUAUCUUUUGUUGGCACUAUUCGUAAUUGUUCACGCCUAAUGACCGUUUUAAGUAGAAUCCCCCCAUGGUAAAUGUAAUAGGGUAUACUGUUGCAGGCGAUUUCUUAUUUGUGUAGAGGUAUUUAUGACAUGGACCAUACGUUUGGGAUGUCUAGUAAAUUUGACACUUAGCUCUAUGUUCUGUCUAUUUUUGUACUGUCGAAAUAAAUGUGCAUACAUUUGAUUAGGGGUAGAAAAAUUGUAUAUAAUUUAACAUUCCAUACGAUUGAAGAAAAGACAAGUAAAAGAUUUUUUUCUAGAGCUAAUUUUGGUACAGUCGCGGACAUCAAUUCUUUAGCUAUUUAGGGUUUUCUUCAUAUUGGAAAUUUCAUGACGAUAUGGACAAGCAAAUUAGCUUGAAUCCUAAAUAGAUCCACAAUUGAAUUCCAUGACCGUAAAUCCAGCAACAAGUAACUACGCGGACCAGGCGUCUAAAAUGACCUACUUACACGCGCUUUUAUAACUUUAAAUCAAAAAGUUGUGUUUAGAUUAUUAUGGAAUCGUGGCCCGCUUAUCUAUUUGUUGCUGGUUGUAUAAGUGUUGCUUGGUUAACAUAAAAGUAAGCGGUUUAGUGUGCUUAAUAACUAAAGAGUAUAGAGUUUUUAUUGCCUCGAUUUAUUCUUGCUCAAUGGGGAAUAUUGCGCGAAACUCUGCAUAGAGGAAGCCACUUCCACAAUACAUCAAAAUCUGAAGGUCUCCGGCGAAACAAGAAAAUCGAAAUUUCGUUAUUUAUUUAUUUAAACUUUAUUGCGCAAAAGGAACAAACACACAUUUAUUCAGCAAAUAGGCCACAGGGGCACUUUUCCAUGUCAAUUUUUUACAAUAAAUAACUAAAUACAAUUACAAAUAUGGAAUCAAUUAAAUAUUAGAUACUUUAUUAGAGAUGUAUACAGUCUCUAAUUGUCGAAUUACACAAAAUAAAUAGGAUAAAAAUACAAACAACAAAUAUUAAAAUUCUUUAGAAUUGGAAAAGUCUCUAAGUGUCAGUGUCAAAAAAAUACCUACCAUUAAAAUAUCCUUAGAGAUGUAAAGGGUCUCCAAGGAUUGAAUUCUUAUAUAAAUGACGACCGGUUUGGCCUAGUGGGUAGUGACCCUUAAUUAAAUUAUAAUAAAAAAAUUAAAUGACACGAAAUUAACAAAUAGACAAGAACCGAAUGAAGUGUUUCACGUUAAGAAAAACUUAAUGUACAAAAGGCGAACUUAACGACAGAGCCCAACGAGGAGGAGGAGGGAGAGCUCAACGAGGGGGGGCGGGUUUAGGGUCGGCAACGCGCAUGUAACUCCUCUGGAGUUGCAGGCGUACAUAGGCUACGGAGACUGCUUACCAUCAGGCGGGCCGUAUGCUUGUUUGCCACCGACGUAGUAUAAAAAAAAAAAAAAAACUCAAUGCUAUGCUUUAUCUCUCUUCCAUAUUCGAGCGAUAAAGAGGCAGAUAACUAAAUUCGGUUUUCGCGUUUCCCGGUAGGUCCUUUGUCCUUGAUGCAUCAAUGUCAUAUUUUAUUAUCUGUGAAAACUUGUCAAAAACGAUUUUAGAACAAAAAUUAAAAAUUGAUCGAUUUAGUCAUUGAAAUUGUACACCUUUUGUUACGUAAUAUCUAAAUAUCAAGUUUUCGUUUCUAUUAGCACGUCUUCUCAUCUUGCCUUUUAAUAAUGAGGUCGCAAGCGUCCGUCGCGUAAUAUGUGACGAGAAGGGACAGUUUUUAAAAAUUUAUCAAAAAAUUAUGGUGGUACAUUAUACAAAAAGUUGUACGAGAACAGUUUCAACAAAUGUUGUAGAUUGUUUAA